AUGCCCUGCACUGUCAAGUUGCGGAUAGUCGGCGCGCGCGGCCUGGCUGAACCCUUUUUCUACGCGAACUCUGUCCAGCUGGCAAGCAGCUCGACUCCGUCACCCUCCUUAUCUCUGUCACCACAACUCUUUGAGGCGAAACGAGAGCGAAGAUCUCACGAGGAAUGCCGCGACAGAAACCCGCGAAAAAAAGACCGAGACGGACUCGUCAACCACUUCGGCCCAAACGCACAGACAGCCGGGCCAAGUGUAUGUACACCCGGAAGGAGCGACAGCCAUGGACGAGCCACGCAGUGUUUGGGAUCGGCGUUCGCGCCGCCCCCUCCAGAUCUUCUCACUGUCGCGAUUUCCCUAGGGCCGCACUUCCAUGAGCGAACGAAAGCGAGGUGUCCUACGUACUUGCCUCCGGAGGAGCUCAGCUUGCUGCCGCCCCCGCUGCAGUGUACGUACACCUGGAACGAAGCGUUUCGGAUCGAGGUGCCGGACGAGGCAGUACUGCAGACAUGGCCUUUGGAAUUCGAGCUCUUCAGUCUCGCUGCGCCAGAAGGUGUUUCGCCCUAUCCUGCAAAUGCUCUCACUUUCCUUGGCACCAGCUCUCUUCCGGCCCGAGGUUGUUCACUGCAUCCGAGCAUGCAGAAGAAGGGCGGCGGCUCGAGCGUGUAUCCGUGUCUCUUCUGCACCCAAGCGUCGGAGCAGGCAAAGCCUGCCGCGUCUGCCAAGAUGCGCUUCGGGAGCCACGUCUUCUCGCGGGUUGCCGCAAGCGUUUGGCGCCACAGACGCUUCAAGGCGACUUCGUCACACGCAGACGAGGCCUGGCAGCUCGGGAGCUCCGGAGACGCCCGAGCCCUUGCGCGAGGGAACUCCGUGUCAGGUGCUCCGGAGGGCAGUGCAGGCGCUUCUGGCGCCUUCGCUGGCUCUCUUAUCGGCACACUGCUUCUGGAUUUGACGCCUCUUCUGACUGCUGGCGAGGAGGGAGGGGAUCCAGAUCACGGCCGCUUUGCCGGCUGGGGGGGAAGCGAGGAAGAGUGGAUGACGGUGGGAGAAGGCGACGGAGCUGCGCGUGUUCGCCUUCCGCCUCGAGGCCGAAUGGAGGGCUGGCUCCCAGUCCUCGACGGGCGAAAGUGCAUCGUAGGCGAGUUAUGGAUCUCAGUGCGAGUCUCCUUCGCCAGACAGCUGAAUCCCUUCAGCUCAGCGUCUUCCGGAUUCGUCCGCUUCUUCUCUCUCCCCGGCCCGCCGCACAUGUAUCUACACUCCGGUGUUACGCUUCUGGGGUUGGUGGAGGAGCUGCUUCUCGUCUCUGCGCCUUCGGAGGAAGACGAAGACUUCGCGUACUGGCGCGAGUUGAUUCGACGCUGUUCUCGACGGCCGGGGAAUCUGCGGCGCCUCAUGCUGCACCGAGCUGUCAUGCUCACACGGCGAACGAUUGCGACAAAGGCGGAGCAGCGGGGCGGAAACGCAGUGCUGGGGUACCGGGCUGUUCUGGAAAUCGACGGCGACGUCCACGUGGGCGACCCUGACUCUCGGUCGACUUGGUGCGUCCGCGCCUUCGGGACAGUUGUUCGGUUGUCCUUUCCAGCUCCUCCCCUGCGAUGCCUCGCCACGAGACCCUCCGACUGCAAGCCCCUCGCUUCUCUCGGGCUCCGGCCGCCUUCCGUCGUCGGCGCCUUCCAGCUCCCGCGCGGGCCGGCCCACCCCCCCGCCGGCGCGGGCGUACGUACACCCGGCGGGCGACCAGGGAGCCAGGAGCGGCUGCCAGCGAGUGCGACGCGACUGGCGAGACUCAAUGCGACGCAGCAGUUUCGAGAAGAGGCGCGCGUGAGCGCUGUCCGUGACGAAAAACGGGUGAAUUCCAGAGAGACAGGAAGCGAGUCGAUCGAGUCCGAGGGCGGCGUCGAGCCCGUGCGGUGUACGUACAGUUCUGGUGAGAAGGUUCACUCCGGGGAUGGAGCGAGAGAGACCCGCGACACAGCCUCGGCGAGAUACGCAGACGGCGGCGGACGAGACGCACGUUUUCGGGGGCUUCUCGAAGUGCGCAGAGAGGGGACAAGUCUCGAAUAUGGAGACAGAAACCCGGACGAGACAGAGGAGCUGCAUGCUACUGAAGAAGUCGAUCUCCUUUCGGUGCCUGGGCGCGAGCCGCAGCCGGUCUGGUAUGAUGCAGCCAGUCACGCUGCGUUUCCUGUGUUUUCGUUCUGGGGAGCCAAAUCCACACCGGGAGACGAAGAGACAGGUUUGCAGGACUGGAGUGAAAGGGCGAGUCGACCGCAUGCUUCUACCGCCCCGGCCUCGGCCGCCGAGCCCUCCCGGCAGGGCUGCGAGCGCGACGGGGGUCGCUGGAAGGACGACCGGGAGACUGCGCCUCUGCAUGCCCAGCCAGGCGACGGCGAGAGUGUCGCUGCACAGGCAGCAUCUAGCCACCCAGGAGCCGGGCGCGUGGACGCCGAGAGCAGACUGGGACGGGACAGUCGCUCUUGGACAGAGAGAGAGAGUCGACCUGCGUUUGAUUCAGGCCAGAGAUGGGAGGGGAGCACCGAGGACGCGCGAGGGGCGGCAAGGCGACAACCAACAGCUCCCGAAAAGGACGGGGAGAGGCACCCUGACAGUCGAGACGCCGAUGGCCGCACCUGGGAGAGGCGUCGCGGAGGAAGAGGAAGCGAGGAAUCUCUUGAGGAGGCGCGUGUGCGAGGCGCCACCGGAGACAGCCACGGUAGCAGCGCCGCCACCGACCCGCGCCACAAAAGCAGAAGCUACACAGAAGAGGAGGACGAGAGAGACUGGAGAAGAAGCGAGAGGGUGGGGAGGAAGGAACCAGGUUACAGCGUUUUGCCAAGACGAAGAAGUCCGAGCUGGAGUGAAGAGGACGAGCGCGCAGAGAGAAUGAAGGUUGGGGUGGACGGACACUCAGACCGCCGCCGAAGUGGCGGCAGGGAAGACGACUUCACUGGGAAUGAUACGUCAAGAAAACAAAUCCGAGGAAGCGCAGAACGUUUGCCUGUGACUCCGGUGUCGGCACCUCUCGUCCCCGCCUUCCCGCUUCACUCUCUGUCAGCGCAGAGCCAGCGAGGGACCUCGCCGUUCCUCGGGCCUCGCCCCAGUUGCUCGCCGUCGCUUCGUCCGUUGCCUUCCCCCGCGCAACUGCAUGCAACAGGAAAGCAGCGUCAUGCGUCUCGAGCGCCGCUUUUCUGCCCUUCCCUUCCGGGCUCUCUUCCCUCUCAGCCUUUUCCGCGAACACCGUCGCCUUUUGCCGCGGAGGUUGCCGCCGCUGCAUGCAAGCCCGUCGAGCUCUUCACAAUCGGUCGCCUCCCCCUGAAUUACACCCCCGUUUUCGGCAGCGUCGUGAGUGCACACAGCGUGAAGGUGCUUCCCUCUGGCCAGGCAGGCUCCUUGGCCGCCUCUCAGGAGCAGCGGACGGCCUGGUGGCUCCAACUGAGAGACGAACUACGGGCGCAUGCCCACGCCCUUGAGUGUGACGCCAUCAUUGGCUAUGACGAGGCGGUCUGCCGAUGCGGAUCCGUGCUUCUUCUCGUGUGCUUCGGCACAGCAGUCCGGCUGCUUCCUGUCGCUCGGCCUCUCGCGUCCCCGCGUGUCUCUGCGUUGCAUGUGCGGUCUCGUCCGGCCUCCCUCGCACAUAGAUAUGGGGAGACUUCUUCUCUCCCUCGCUCUCUCACCUUCUCCGGGCACUCCAAACCUGCCGCCGGCGCCCGUCAGAGUGCCACUCCCUACGCCUCUCAGCUUUCCUCUGCUGUCUCAUCUGCCUCGCGGCCCACGCCGUUGGCUUCGCCGGCUUCGCAAGCUCUCGGGCAUGCCUCAGCGUCGCGAGAGUCUCCUGGCGGGCCUCCUCGCUUUCCCGCUUUGCGAGUAACCGAACCUUCUCACUGGUCUUCUCCUCCGCGGAGCUCGCCUGCCUCGCCUCCGCCUUCGCCGGUUCUCUGUCUCUCAGAAAAGGCCCCGCCCUUGCUCCCGCCUUCGCUCUCGCUCGACUCGCGCGCGUCUCAAGCCCCUGGCUGCGGCAGCGUGUGUACACCUGGCCCAAGGCUGCUCUGCGCGGACGCGCGGCCCGCGACGGGUGUCUGUCCACUUGGGGGCGCCCAGGCUCGGACCGAGGUCACGCGAGGAAGGCGGUCGGAGGUGAGAAGACGACGGGAGGAAGAACGAAGACGAUGGCAGGGCCGAGACGGGGACAGCAGCGACUGGGAGAAGGCCGGCGCGGUGUCUGGGUCGUCGCCGGAGGCACAUGUCGAUCUCCCGUCGGCUUCUGCGCUUGCACCGGCGAACCCUACGCGAUUCGCCGGUGCGCGCGCCGUCGAGGACGGGGUCGUAUUGGCGGGAGAGCGAUUGCGAGGCCAGGACGUGGAGAUGCGCGAACGCCGGCGCGGAAAGGAAGGGGUCUCUGGAUCAGGUCGCGACGGCUAUCUCUUCGAGUCGGCCACCCGGGAAACGAAGGUCCGAGAAAGAAACAGGAAACGCAUGAAUCGAGACGACGGCUGUUUGGCUCCUCGAACCCCUGCGGCAGGACCACAGACACGGUCCCCACCCGAAGGACAGUCUCGGUCGCGAAGUCUGAGCGCUCGCGCUCGGAAGCGAGGCCGUGACGAGGCUGCCACGGGUCGACGACGCCACGCAGCGCAUCGGCAACGCGUCCCGAGUCUCCUGCCGUGCACGAUGGCCCACUGCCCCGCUUCAAUCUUUGUGUCUCCUCUCGCGCAGGCGCCAGGGAACGACUGCUGCCCGCCGUCGAGGCCUCCGUUCGGGGGCUCUGAAAACCCAGGUCCCGGCCCCUGCUCUCCCGUCGCGAACGCCAGCUUCACUCAAGACGCGGGAGUCUCCAAAGACACUGUUUCCUCCGGGGCGAUGGCCAGGAAGGCCGCAGCCCCAUCGACACUCUACGCCUUCCAUCCUUCCUCUUCGCUCUCCCGCGCAAACCCCGCGGCCCGCUCCUUCCAACCACCGGAGACACCCCACCGAGGUGUACCUACAACCGAAGCGUCGGUUCCCCGGAGUCGGCUCUGCCGCAUGUGCGGCACCGGCGUGGUUCCGGAGAUUCUUCUUUCCACCGUCGAGGUGCCGGACGGGCUCCCGAUUCUCUGUCGGUCGGCGCCUCUACGCGUGCAGGUCUGUCGCACCUUCCCCGCGGAGGCCAGCGACUCCAGUUCGCGUUCCUCGUCCUCUUCUUCAUCCUCGUCCUCGUCCUCUUCGCCAUCGCCGUCGCACAAACAUGCGGAAGGGCGCAAGUUUGUGAGACCCCCAAGCUCGAACCUAAGAUCGACAGAAGACCGGGGAAACCCGCAGGAGUACCCGAAGGGCCCACGAAGGCGUGACGACGCUGGCGAGGUUCAACCGCCUCGACACGGGCGGCUCUCGGGCGAGGCAGCGAAGCUGGAAGGUGCACUGUCGCAGCGGGGAAACACCGACCCCAGAAAGCGAGAAAAGCCGAAGAAGCGUUCGUUCUUCCUUCAGCGCUUCUUUCGCCUCCACACCUUCAAAGGGUCCGACUCCGAGUCGAGCCGGGGGUCGCGGCGCGCCGGCCGACCUCGCCUAGUCCCUGGCAAAGGCCCAAAGCCCGGCGCGGGUUCGCGGAGACAGGAGAACACAGGCCGCAGCCACCGCCGGAAGAAGGAGACUGUGCGCAGACGGGCGGAGACUCGCAGACGUCGUGGGGCUGGCUCCUCGUCGUCAUCCUCAUCUUCCUCCUCGUCUUCUCCGGAUCGCGGGAGGAAGCGACGCGGAGGCAGGUCUGUGCUUCGUCCUCUGCGCCACCGCAAUGUCGACAGAAAGGCGCAAACUCCCGACACUGCGCUCUCAUGCUUCGUCUCCGAAGCCCUGCCCUUCCUGCUCGUAGACCUCCACCAGACGCUGGUGUUGAAGCUGCGCAUGCACGGCUUCAAUGCGGUCUUCGGGCUCCGGCUGUCCUACGCGAUCUGCGAGCGGGCUCUGGUCGCCGAGGCGGUGGGGACGGGUUUCGUCCUCUUGCCGCUGCCGGCGCCCGGGCGUCUGGUGAUCCGGAAGUCUCCCUUCUGCGAUUUAAAGAGGCGACUGCAUUCGCUGAAAGAGGCUCGCGUCGAGCGCGAGACUCGACGGCGUCGGCGCGAGGCCAAGCGCGAGCGACAGGUGCGACGGCGAGAACGCCGGAGAAUCCUGGAGCUGGACGAGCCAGCAGAGGCCGAGGCGGAGGGCAAGGAGGGCCUUGGUCGAGAGACUCAGCGACGCAGAGAGGCCGAGACGGGGAAGGCCGAGCAUCGACGCCGGGCGCCUCUCGAGGGGCAUGCGCUGGGCUCAGUCUCGCCGCUCUCGUCUCUGUACUUCGACGACGGAGACGUAGAAGCAGCAGAGGCCAGGGAGAAGGAGAAGCCCACCCGCGGAGGCGAGCUUACAAAUCGUCAGGCCGAACAGGAUCGCGGCGUACGACAGGAGGAACCGGAGCUGAACCACAGACGCAAACUGCGGUUCUCAACCUCCGUUGCGCAGCCGGGGGACGAGGAGGCAGGCGAGGCGCCGGGGCAGAAGCUGUUGGUUGGGAGCAGAAUAGCGCGUGUACGGGAGAAGAAGGGACGCAACAAGUUUCGAUUCUUCUUCUCGAGGCAGGCGGAGCGAGAGUCGUGCUCAGAGGGCGACGAAGCGGAGGACAGCGUAAGGGGAGGGCGAAGCUUCGGCUGGCAGCCAUUCUCCUCGCGGCGCGGCUGGCGCAGAGAGAAGGAAGAUGACUCGGAUUCUUCCUUGGAGUCUUCAUCCUCUUCGUCGCUUUCUUCGUCUGAGAAAAGCUACUCGUCGACCACCUCCUCAUUCUCUUCCGUUCGCCGCUUCACGCGACGUCGUCACUCUCAGAGUCAGUUCCGCGGGCUCUUCCGGUCUUCGCGUAGAUACCCCUUCCUGUCGCUUGCGCAUGCGCGCCUGCAUCACCGUUCCACGUCGUCUCUGUCCUCGUCAGCUUCUUCUUUCUCGUCGUCUUCCGUCUCGUCCUCGUCCACCUCCUCGUCUCUCUCCUCAUUUUCCUCUCUCGCCUCAUCUUCAUCGGACUCCCUUUCCUCCUCGUCCCUCUCUUCCUCCUCCCGGACCUCCUCUUCCGCCUCGCGCCGGCGCCACGGGCCCUCGCCCUUCCUCUCCUUCGCGCGCGCCGCACGAACCUGGACCGGUCAUGAGGCGAAAUUCUCGCCCAGGCACUUCCAGCUCCCCGACGUACCCUUCUCCGCCCCGCCGUCCCCCGGAGUGUCUCCUUCCUACUCCACAGCCCCGCGGCCCCGCGACGGGCCCGUUGGGCUGCUCCCCGCCGCCUCGCGUAUGCUGGGGACCAUCCCGGGGUCCCCUCCCCUGUCCCCGCGGCCAGAGGAUGAAGACGCCCUCGGCGACCGCAACGAGGACCCCACGGAUCGGCGGGAGGCCCCAGACGCGUCUCGGCCGAUAUUCGGGUCGUUCUUAUUCGCGGCGGAAAGCGCCUCGAGCUCGGCGGACUGCGCCGUGGCGCUGAGCGGGCCUUCUGGGUCCUCCGCAGAGGCGAAAGGCGCCGAUAGAGAACAGUGGAGGGGAGAUGAUGAAGGCGACGAGAUGCGUCUGGAUCCAGGAAGAGGCCCUGGGCGAGACGAUGCUGACCGCAUUGUGGAAUGGGAGAGAAGGCGAAGGCGCGAGCGGCGCCUCGCACGCCAAGAGAGGAGGGCAGAAAAGAAGUUGAUGGCCAGGAGAAAACACGAGAGAAUUGUACGCGACAUCGAAAAUCUGAGCAUCCGCAGUUGCGCGCAAAACGAGCUCUGCUUCGAAGUUGCCUUCUACCACGGGGACGCUGGAGGCGAUGCAAUCAGCUUCUCCAACGCUAAUCGUCGAUUCAGGGCUGCGCGACCUCGCGUCCAGAUGCUGGACAGAGGUGGCACAUCUGAAGGCCCUUCCGGGUGGAAGGCGUCCCAGGCGGGGCCCUCUUUGUAUCCCCUUCUUCUGCCGCCCCUCAGCAGCACUCCCGCGUCUCGGGGGGUCGUUUUGACACCGCCUCCAGCCGACGAGCUCUGCCGCCCAAAAGAGGAGACCGUCUCCUUCCACUCGGCCUCAGCCUCGCCGCUGGUCGCCCCAGGCGACCGACCCUGUCUCCUUUCUUCCAGUUCGCGAUCCGCCCCGGCGCCCUGGGGGGCGGCCGGCUCCGGCGUGUUGGGUUCCGGAGGGCGAGGAGACGGGCCCGACAGAGGCGAGACUGUGAGUGAGCGCGGUGUCUUUGCGCUUCUCAGAGAAAGUGGGGAGCGAGAACGGAGAGAUGAGCCCUUCGUACCCGGCUCGCGGAUUCCAGAAAAUGUCUUCAUUGGAGCCCAAAGUGGCGUCGAAGCCCCAGCCUCGGGCGCUGGCAGCGACGCGAUUGGAGACAGAGGCAGACGCGACGAAGGCGAUGUCUCUUCCAGCUUGGACCGUCAACUGGCGAGGCUUCCUGUUGUUCUCCGGGAGCGCCGAACGUCCUCCGAGGUUCGAGCAGGGAACAGGCAGAGCCCGUCGUCGCUGGCGGAGCAGACGUACCCGAUGUUGGCGUCUGCUGCUCUGUCAGCUCUGGGCGGCCCCGGUGGGGCUGGGCGUUGCAUGCGCCGCCACAGAAAUCAGAGAAUUUUCGUUUUCAGCGUGGACGACGAAGUCGAUGAGGCACGACUCCGCAGUGUCCACCGCCAGCGCCACCUGGACGCGACCGGCUGUCAUGUCGGAACGGUUGCCUUUCUUCCUGGGGUCGUCUAUCGCAAUGUGGGGCUUGGCCGGUGCCCCCAGGGCUUGCUUCGCGCCUCCUCGGGCUUCAAGGACCUCGCCUCUGGAGGCCGCGUCCCGGUGACCUUCCCGUUCGACCCCGACGUGCGGUCCCGCCGUCGCAUGGAGACUGCUGGCCAGGAGCCGGGUGAGGCCUGCGGAGACGAGGAAAGGGCGGACCAUGAGGCAGUGGAGAGAACGGCAGAAAGUGAGAGACAGCCGCCGGGUGGAGACCAGAGGAAACAUGCAGCCCGCUGGGUGGACGUCGGCAAUACGGCACUUCUUGGGCCGCACACGCGGGUCCCUAUCUCCCACGCCCUUGCGCCGGUUGUCUACAUCCGCCGAAAAGUUGUUCUCUCUUCUAAAACCCUGCGGUCGUCCGAUGCCCUCAGCAAGGAACUGCAAAAGGCGUGGGAAUCGGCACUCAGUCAGCUGCUGUUCGAGCCGCUCUUGCGGUGCAGUUGCGAGACGGGCGAGAUCGCUCUUACAGGGUUGUCGCCCUCUCUAUCCUUCACGAAGGGCAACACGCUGCACCUCUCUCUUUCUGGACAAAUUCUGCCUCUUGUGUCUCUAUCACUCUCGCCUUCGCGCCUUGUCGACGAGAGGCCUCCAGGCUCUCUAACUCCGUCUGUCUCACCUCUUCCAUUGUCUCAUGGAAUGUUUCCUGCGACCCGCGUCUCAUGCAUGACAGCGCCGAGGGCCUUGUGUGGGUCUGUGUUGCCUUCCGCGCUUCCAGACCCUCGAACGCCCAUGGCAUCCGGGGAGACUCUCUCACACGAGUUUGACACUGCGGCUUCCCCCCACCCGAAGGGGCUGUCUUCAUCUUCGACUCAAAGUCUCCGACCCCACAACUCCCCCGAGCGUCCGUCCCUUUUUGCCACAAUCGCGACAUGUUCUUCUUCGCCUCCUCAGCUUAGCCCGCCUCCCGCCAAGACCAGCAGAGAUCCGGCACCCAAGCGGACCCAUGCGCAUGCAUGCAGGCUCUCUCGCGGCGUGUCGUCGGCCUCUCGAAGACAUUGUAGCGGAUUUGAAGGAGCCCGUUCACCUGACAGUCUCCGCGGUGAGGCCAAGGGGAAUCAGGCUGUCGCGCGAGGAGUGGGGGAAAGAGAUUCCAAGUUUUGCCUCUCCAGAGACGUCCCCCGGUGUCUCCUGCGAAAAGUGGAAACCCAUGGUUUGGAAUUCUCUAGCAAAGAGAACGAGGCGCACGCAGAGUGUGGGAAUGGAGAAGGGCCCUCCAAUCCCACUAACGACACUUCUGCAGGAAGGGACGCGACGCGCGAGGCGGUGGCUCCUCGAGGCGCGGCGACGAACAGCCGAAAAGUGCCUGCCCUCGCAGCCUCUGGUUCUCGCAAUGAAGGGAAGGCAGAAUUCAACGGUGGAGCCCUGCCGCCGUGUUCCAGCGAGAUGCAUGCGCAGCAGUCUCCUGGGGGCACGAAGCCUCAAAAACGAGGUCUCUACCACCUCAUGGCUCAUCUGUCUCCCUUCUCGCUGCACCAUCCGAGAAAUCGGCAGUCUCAGGCCCAGGGCUCCGGGGAAGGCGGGAAGCGAGAGACGGGAAUGGAGCGCAACGGAGAGCCUCAGGGGUGUGGAGCGGCGCCCGAGAGCGGCGACGUGAACGGGCUUCCGUGUCUGUCUCCGUGUCUGUCUCCGCCGUCUUUAGGCGAGGGCCGAGAGAGCCAGGAAAGGUUUUCCUCGCUGGCCCCUUCGAGUCAAACAAGACAUCCGGCUUCUUCGAGCCUGUCUCCUUCUGACAUCCCGCGACCUGUCCUGCCAACGCAAGACAGUCGCCACGGCGCGAGCUGCGAUGGCGGGCAAGGGGCUUUGGAAGACAUGGGCAGCCUUAGCCACAAUCUUGUUCCCGCUCGCCGGCCCCGAGAUGGGGUUUCGACUCCUUUGGUCUCUCAGCGAACCGAGUUGGGAACGGCGGCUGAACUUCUGGACAGAAGCGCAAGCGGAGAGGGUGUGGAAGGGCUUAGAAGGGAUCCUCAGUGCACGGAAAGGAACUUUUCUUCGAACCGAUUGCCGGGGUCUGUUUGCCCGCUAGUCGUUCCGGGACAAGAGGCAGCCCUUACUGGAGUGCUCCAGCGGGACGCCAAUCGCUUGCUCCCGCCUCAAACCGUUCUCCGCACUUUCCUCGGUCGUCUUGCAACGGAGCAAGACAGCGCGAGACGCGUGUUGGAGAAUCCCCUCCUAGAGCCGGGAGACUUGUUCAAAACUCAUGCGUCAGAUGCCGUACCGGCUCUCCUUUUCGGCAAAGAGAGAAAACACACGGAAGCGAGAGUGUGGAGAGCCGAGGACAGAGACGGACGGCUAGACGAAGCCUGGAACCCCUGGGAAGCCGACAGACAGAUCGGAAAGAAAACACGGCAAAUCCACCAAGACGCACUUGCGGAAGAGACAGACGUCGUUGUCACCUCUCUUCCAACACUGCCGGGAUGUCGAGUGUUACGACACCUGGGACUGGUGUCGGUCCAUCUCGUUCAGGACACAAGCGCGUACCACAGUCAUCAGGAACUCGCUGCCGCCCUCCACUUCGCGGCUCUUCGGGCUGCCAAGGCGCGUUGCAGGGCGAUGGGAGGAAAUCUCCUCGUUGCCUCACUCCUCCAAUGGAACAUGGUCGAGGAAGAGCGGCAGCAGUCCUUCGCCGUGCUCACAUUCGCUGGAGAUGCUGUGCUCGCGCUGUUCCGUCGUUGCGACGCGUGUAAAGGAGAGGCAGAGUGA